AUGAUCUUACUACGGUCACUUGUCGCCGUCCUGUUGAUCUUUACUGUGAGUGCGGGCGAUGAGGCCGCGCUCCUUGCUUUCAAAGCAAAGCUCAGCCAUGGCGACUUGCUGGCCUCGUGGAACAGAAGCACCAGCUUCUGCAGCUGGGAGGGCGUGACGUGCCACCGCAGGCCGGCGCGGGUGGUGGAGCUGAGAUUGAAUGGCACUGGUCUCGUCGGAACGCUCUCACCGGUCAUCGGGAACCUCACAUUCCUGCAGAUGCUCGAUCUGGACUCCAACUCGCUCCACGGGAACAUUCCGGCGAGCCUUGGCCAUCUUCGUCGCCUGCAUGGGCUAUACUUGAGCAAGAACUUCUUCUCCGGCACAUUGCCAGCAAACCUGAGCUCAUGCAUCAGCAUGACUGAAAUGUGUGUGGACAACAACAAGCUUGGCGGGGGCAUCUCGGCUAAACUUGGAGAGAAGCUCACAUAUCUAACAUUUAUGUCGCUCAGAAACAACAUCUUCACAGGGACAAUCCCGAUGUCGCUGGCCAAUCUAUCCAACCUACAGCUCCUCGACCUCUCCGACAACCAGCAAAUGGGAUCGAUCCCACCAGGGCUCAGUAGCAUCCAAAGCAUGCGGUAUUUCAAUCUCGGCAGUAACCUUCUCACUGUUAUGCUCCCACCUUCUCUCUACAACUGGUCAUCAUCGAUCCAAGUAUUUGCUGUAGGGUUAAAUAUGUUGUAUGGAAGUAUUCUAGAUGAUAUCGGAAGCAAGUUCCCCAAUUUGAAAUAUCUUCUCUUGGGUGCCAAUAACUUCACAGGAACCAUCCCUUCCUCAAUAUCCAACAUAUCUUCCCUCAUAUCACUUGACCUCGCUCAUAACAAAUUUAGUGGGUAUGUGCCUCCCACAUUUGGGAGGCUCAUAGGUCUCCAGCAACUGAGUUUAAGUUACAAUAAGCUUAAAGCGAAUGAUAAUAAGGGGUGGGAAUUCAUAACAUCUUUGGCAAACUGCAGCCAGCUGCAGCUAUUGGAACUCGGCUCCAAUUAUUUUGAAGGACAACUACCAGGUUCGAUUGUGAACCUGUCAAUAAGUCUCCAGAAGUUAUACAUAGCGGACGAUAGGAUCUCUGGGAGAAUUUGCUUGUCUGGUCUCAUACCAUCAUCGCUAGGGAACCUUUCACGGUUAAGUGUCCUUUCUGCAUACAAUGGAAAAUUGGAGGGGCCAAUUCCGGCAAGCCUUGGGGAAUUGAAUAAACUUUUUAUACUCGAUUUGUCAAUGAACUACCAUCUUAACGGUUCAAUACCCAGAGAGAUUUUCAAAUUACCCAGCCAUUCUUGGUAUUUGGACUUGUCAUACAAUUCCCUUUCUGGCCCCCUUCCUAAUGAGGUUGGUAGUUUGGUAAAUCUUAAUCGACUGACUCUAUCAGGAAACCGGUUGUCUGGUAAGAUACCCGACAAUAUACAGAAUUGCUUAGUGCUGGAAUGGCUAUCACUAGACAAUAAUUUGUUCGAGGGAAGCAUACCUCAGUCACUAAAGAAUAUAAAGGGGCUCGGUAUAUUGAACCUGGCCAUGAAUAAGUUCUCUGGUAAUAUUCCUGAGGCCCUUGGAAGCAUUGGAUACAUGGAGGAACUGUACCUAUCACACAACAACUUGUCAGGGUUUAUCCCGUUAGUUCUACAAAAUUUGACAUCAUUGACCAGAUUGGAUAUAUCUUUCAACAAUUUGCAAGGUGAGGUUCCAAAUGAAGGUGUUUUCAGAAACAUCACUUACUUAGCGGUUGCAGGGAAUAUCAAUCUGUGUGGUGGAACUCCUCAACUUCAUUUGGCUCCAUGCUCCAUAAGCAAGAACACAGAAAAGAUUCCAAAGUCUCUUGUAAUUUCUCUAGUGACAGCUGGAGCAUUCCUGUUCUCACUUUCAGUUAUUCUUCUUAUUUGGACACUUAGCAAGAAGCUCAGACCUAGCAAGAAUAUAUUAGCACAAAAUUCAAUCGUUGAUGACCAUUACAAGCGAAUCCCCUAUAAUGCAUUAUUGAGAGGAACAAAUGAAUUUUCAGAAGUCAACUUGCUUGGGAGAGGAGGUUAUGGUGCGGUUUAUAAGUGCGUUUUGGAUACUGAAGAAAGAACAUUGGCUGUCAAGGUGUUUAAUCUUGGUCAAUCUAGGUAUUCCAAAAGUUUUGAAGCUGAAUGUCAGUCCAUGAGAAGGAUACGACACCGUUCUCUCAUUAAGAUCAUCACUUCUUGUUCAACCGUCAACCACCAAGGUCAAGAGUUCAAGGCAUUGGUUUUUGAGUUCAUGCCCAAUGGUAACCUGGAUGGUUGGCUUCAUCCCAAAUCUCAAGAGGCCACUACAAACAACACGCUCAGCCUUGCCCAGAGGCUUGCUAUCGUUGUUGAUAUUGUAGACGCUGUAGAAUAUCUGCACAACUAUUGCCAGCCAUUGGUUAUCCAUUGUGAUAUUAAGCCAAGCAACAUUCUUCUUGCCGAAGACAUGAGUGCCCGAGUUGGAGACUUUGGCAUAUCAAGGAUCCUUCAAGAAAAUACAAGUGAAGGGAUGCAAACUUCAUAUAGCUCAACUGGAAUUAGAGGUUCCAUAGGCUAUGUUGCUCCAGAGUAUGGAGAAGGAUCUGCAGCCUCAACAGCUGGUGAUAUUUAUAGUCUUGGCAUAUUGCUGCUUGAGUUGUUUGCUGGAAGGAGCCCAACCGAUGGCAGGUUCAGAGAUUCAUUGGAUUUGCAUAAGUUUGUUGAGGACGCUCUUCCAGAUACAAUCUUAGAGAUAGCUGACACAACAAUGUGGUUGCAUGGAGGACAACAUGAUAGCAUUGGAAGUAUUAGAAUCCAAGAGUGCUUGGUCUCGGUCUUCAGGCUUGGCAUAUCCUGCUCAAAGCAACAGCCUCGAGACCGACCACUGACAAGAGAUGUAGCGGCAGAGAUGCAUGCAAUCAAAGAUGAGCACCUCAAGUUUAUAGUGGAGCAUGGAGUCCAAGGAGAAGCCUUGACUAGAUAA